AUGUCCAUCGAAAUGCACAAGUUACACGACGAUGACUGGUUGCCAAAGAGAUUAGGUGUCCACCGAACAUCUCACUGGCCACCACAGAGGAAGAAGUUUGAGCUUGCUCGCUACAAGGAUGUCCUCCACCGGCUCUCUCUGCUCAUCUUCGAGCUUGUCAAGUCUGAUCUCAAGGUGGAGACUGCUGACGGCAAGGAAGACGUCGGCGCUGAGGAGCAGGAGUAUGGUGUGGAAGUCGAUUGA